AUGACUGCUAUUACUGAUAACAAAUUUAUCGAUAUUGAUGAAUUUUGCAAGCUGAUCAAUGACCACCCAUUUCCAGAAGAGCCCUAAGAGCCAACCCUUCGUCGAAUUGGAAGACCCAUCUCAUCCUCCUCCAUCGAGAACGUACUUGGACGCCUGUUUGCUGGUCACGCGGAUGGGUUCAGGGCUUUGGAGCUCUUGAAUUUCGCAAGGCGACACUCUGAGUUCAGGCUCACUUCAGAUUUGUUUGAGAAGAUGGUUCACAUCCUUUCACGAAUGCGGAAGUUUGAUGAAGUGUGGGAGUUAUUUGAUGAGAUACACGUGAAGUAUCCGUCUAUGAUAAGUCUCAAGUCAAUGAGCAUUGUCUUAACACGUUACUGUCGGCACCUAUCGUUUGAAGAAACACUUGAAGCUUUCAGUAGGAUGGAACGCUAUGUCGGCGAGCACACUGUUGAUACCUACAACGUGCUUCUCUACGCAUUUUGCACACAGAAGCCCAUGAUGGAAGCUCGAGCCAUCUUUCGCAAGAUACACAGGCGGUUCAUGCCGAAUACGCAGACCUUGAACAUCUUGCUCAUGGGGUUCAAAGAAUCCAGAAAUCUUAUUGCUGUGGAGCUGUUCUAUCAUGACUUGGUACGCAGGGGUUGUGUUCCCAACACAGUAACCUAUAAUAUCAGAAUCGAUUCCUUUUGCAAGAAAGGUUGUGUUGAUGAUGCCCUAAGACUGCUAAGCGAGAUGGAAGAAAAAAACUGUUGUCCUACCAUUGAGACUUACACUACAUUAAUUCAUGGUUUUUGCAUUGCUCGAGAUCCAGUUAGGGCUCGUCAGAUAUUUUAUGAAAUGGAGAAUCAUAAUCUGAAGCAUGAUUCUGUAGUAUAUAAUGCAUUGAUAAGUUGUUAUGUUAGAUUUGGGGAUUUGAAAUCAGCUGUAGACUUGAUGGAUGAAAUGGUGGGAAGAGGACUUCAGCAUGAUGAUGUCACUUACAACACUUUAUUCCGUGGUCUGAGGACUUUAGAUUCGAUAGAUGUACUCUCUAAGCUCUACCAGAAGAUGAUUGAAAAAGAAUUUCUACCAAAAAUGCAGACAGUCAUUCUGUUGAUGAAGUCUUUCUGUCAGAAUGAUCGAUGUGAUUUAGGAAUUGAAUUGUGGGAUUAUCUAAUUCGAAAAGGUUGUUGUCCUCAUGCACAUGUACUUGAUCUGUUGGUAACGAGCCUAUGCGCUAGGGGUAAGACAGACAGGGCUCUUGAAUGUCUUUACGAAUCAUUGGCAAGGGGACGCCAUCCAAAUAAGCAAACAUUUCAAGUUUUGCUGCCCCAUCUUCAGGAAGCAGGUGACGAAGACAAAUUGAUGGUUCUUAGAGUGAUCAUGAAAAAGUUUGAAAUAAGUGCGUGAGGACAGUUCUAGUGACAUUUUCUGCUCCAUUUUCGAAAAAUGCAUGGCAUGUGCCUCUGACAUUCCAAAGCGCCCAAAAAAAGCUUCUUUGGUUUCUCUCUUCAUG